GAGCUGCCUUUCAGUGUCACCCAUCAGUGCCAGUCAGUGCCACCUAUCAAUGCCAAUUAGUGCCACCUAUCAGUGCCAGUCAGUGCCACCUAACAGUGCCAGUCAGCGCCGACUAUCAGUGCGCAUCAGUGCCGCUUAUCAGUGCCGUGUCAGUGCCGCCUAUCAGUGCCAGUCAUCAGUGCCGCCUAUCAGUGCUGCCUAUCAGUGCCAUGUAUCAGUGCUGCCUUUCAGUGCCCAUCAGUGAUGCCUGUCAAUGCCCAUCAGUG